AUGGAAUCCAAAGAAGUUAGUGUUUUGGUAAAAAACUUAGAAAAAAAUAAGACUAACGAUAAAGUAGUUUUAGAAAUCUUAAAGACAUUGGAGAAAGAUGUGGUGGCCACAGAGAAAUUACUGCGUGAAACUAAAGUAGGUGUUGAAGUCAAUAAGUUUAAAAAGUCAAGUAACCAAGAAAUUGCUUCCAUGGUUAAAAAAAUAAUUGGUUCUUGGAAAGAUUCUAUUAACCGUCAAAAGCGUAGUAAGUUAAGUAGCACUUCCACUCCAUCACCAUCAACAAAUGCCAGUAUGCAUGACAAACAAUCUCAUAAAACAGGAACUUCUGAAUCCAAAAAAGAUGAUAAAUCAACUCAUAUCAACAAAUCUACUGUUGCCAAGGGUAAACCACGUAAUUCUCGUAUUGACGGAGUAAACACAACUUUAUAUAAUCAUAAGUUACGUGAUAUGGUUGUUAAAGCUUUAUAUGAUGCGUUAGUUAAAGAUAGCACAGAGUCAUCAUCAUUAAUUUUGAAAUUAGCGACAGAAGUAGAACUGGAAAUGAAAAAAUUUAGUGAUCCUGAUGUAAAUGAGAAGCAAUACCGUGAUAAAUAUCGUGUAGUUUAUUCUAACCUAAUCUCAAAAAAUAAUCCAGAAUUGAAGUUCCGUAUUGUUGGUGGUGAUGUUUCACCUGCACGUUUGGUAACAUGUGAUCCAAAAGAACUAGCCCCAGAAUCUUUAAAGAAAGAAUUAGAAGAAAUUGCUAAAAAAAAUCUAUAUAACGCUCAAGGUGCUACAGUUCAAAGAAGUGUAACAGAUAGAUUUACAUGUGGUAAAUGUAAGGAAAAGAAAGUAUCAUAUUAUCAACUGCAAACCAGAUCUGCUGAUGAACCUUUGACCACAUUUUGUACAUGUGAGGCUUGUGGUAAUAGAUGGAAAUUUUCAUAG